UGAUAAGCGCCUGAUCAAAUAGAGUGUUUCAUGCCAUGUGGUUUAAUUUCGUAAACAAAGCUAGUUAAAUCUCUCCAAAAGCUAACUACAACAAAGGGCGCAGUAAAAAGGGAUCGUAAUAAUAUUACUACUAUACUAUUAGAUCUAUAAAAUGCAAUCUAGUACUGAGCUUUCGUCCAGCGAACUACCUGGAAAUGUAGCGAAAAAGGUUACUUCACAGAGUUCUGAGAAUAACGCGGCAGAGGUGGAAUCGAUUAGAGGAAAGCCGAAGUCGGGUAGAAUAUGGAAAACUCGCAAAGAACGAUUUGCUACGAUAAAAAGGAGCCUUCCUGGCAAAACACACGCUCAACAAAUAGCUUAUAGAAAUGAAAUAAAGCAGAUCAAACAACUUUCCAAUUCUAUUAAGGAAACAAGGCGCCGUGAGAAUGAAGAAAAACGUCUCCGGCGGGAGGAGAAUACCCGAAGAAGGUUGGAAAAUGCAAGAAAGUCGGAAGUCGUACAAAUAAUCAAAAACCCUGCGAAGUUGAAACGGAUGCGGAAAAAACAAUUACGUAUGGUUGAAAAGCGCGAUUUAAGCAAUUUGAACGUAGUGUAAGUGUAAAUAGAGUCGAAUUAUAAAGAUGGAA